GUAGAUCUGCUGGCAAGAAAAUGGACAAUACAAAUUCAUUUGCGCUGAUUAGAAUAUAAGCACAAUCGAUUGGAAUUCCUUUCCCGGGAUUGGGGGAGAAAGUUCUCCGUUUGAAGUAUAAAAGGUUAUCGAAGCAGGGAGCAAAAACGAACUGGACCGAAUGAAGAAGAUUGGCCACUAAAUGAGAUCAUCUGUAAGUUACAUGUUAUCGCAAGGACCAGGUGACCCGAUAAUGGCGCAUCCAGACUACGAGCAGCAUCACUAUCAUAACGGUUGUCUGCUAAUCCUUGUGCGCGGAAUCGGUCCACUGAAGCCGCGAUCUCUGCAGCGUGUUUUCGAACGAAUUCAGCGACUGAACAACGUCAAAAUUCCUGAUUCUUCAGGAAUAACUCGAGAUAUUUGGGUCCGAUAUAUUAGAGACCAUCCAGUGGAAAAUAAUGAUUGGGGUGAUUUCCAGCCGCAUCGGAGACUGCUGGGUUUGAUAACAGUUGGCAAAUUCGACAACCAAACCGAGCUGAAUGAAUUAUGCCGAGUACACGAAUCACUGAAGGUCAAAUACCUUCCGGACAAAACCUCCGCUUCUUCUAACUCGUCAGCUUCUUCUAUCAGCUCAACAUUUUCAUCUGGAUCAGGUGGCAGCACGGUCAGUGGAAGUUCUUCGCUCACCGAUUCUGGAACGCUGGUUAACAAAUCAACUACUACCCAGAAGUUCCCUCCGAACAUUCUCCAACCGGAGGAAAUUCCAGCCCGUUAUCGAGAAGCGAUUAUUAAUUACAGCAAGUAUCGUAACGCAGGUAUUAUCGAAACAGAAGCUGUUCUGAAAGCAGCCAGAAACUGUAUUGAACAGGGAAAAAACUUGGACGUAGCAAUGUUCCUUCAAAACGUACUUUACAUUAACCUCAACAUGACCGAACAACAGCGGGUUCGGCGGUUUGAAGUACUCACAGAUCUGUACCAGAAAAUAGGCUACAACAGAAAAGCCGCAUUCUGUCAACGACUUGCUGCCUGGCGACACGUUGCCGUUAGUAACACCAACCCUGACUGGGGCCAAAGUUAUCGACUCAUGCUGGAAAGUUUCCCAGGGUACAAGCUCGUUCUUGAACCACAACAGGUACUCGAGAGCAACAUCGGCUGGCCGGUUUUACAGAUCGAUCUUCUCCAACAGCUGGUGGGAACGGCCAGGCGGCUGAGACAAUCGGCGUUAGCUACACGGCACAUGACAUUCCUGCUGCAAACGAUGUGGCAACAUUUGAACGCACACGAUCAAAAAGAAAUGGCACUACAGCUCCAAAAUCUCAGCUCGCAGUCAGAUCCCUGCAACUGCGAGGGUGCACUGGUUCCGUUGGUAUUGGAAAAUGGAACCAUCAUACCGCCCGCGAAUCUGACAGAUCUACCCUUGUGUAGUCAACUGUUGGUAAAAGAUUUGCCGUCGUACAUGAAUCCGCUCAAGAUUGUUGAUGCCAAAGCCGAUAGUGGACCGUUCCUUUUCACGCCAAUCCACUUCAGUUCGAUGGAUCGCCGCCAGCCGAAGGACGAUAGUAAACUAUCGUUCAACUGGAUUCAGCACGAUGUGUGCGAAGUGAACUUGAAACUGACCAACCCGCUGCCCUUCGAGCUUCAGGUAACUGACAUCCGGUUACUAACAACAGGGGUAGUUUUCGAGGCAUUCCCACAAACGGUGAUGCUGCAGCCAAAUGUCUAGACAACAGUGGCCCUGCACGGAACACCUAUCGAAUCGGGAGAGCUUGAUAUUCAAGGCUACAGCACCCACACGUUAGGAGUCAAAUCGAACUGUCGCUUGAAACACAUGUUACACCGAAAUGAAUUAGUAAUUAGUCCUCAAUGAAUUUCGAUAUCAGGCGGGCGAAGGCUAGAGAUUUACCAAGAAUAGAAAUGCCGCCAAAUAUUAUUUUUAUAGGUGUAGGGGGAACUCGUCUAUGGCCGGACACCGCCUAUGACCGGACAACAUAGAUUUUUCGAAAAAACAAUAUCCUAAUAAUGUUUUAACAUCAUGAAAAUAAAGUAAAUAGUAGCCUGAUAUGGUGUUAGAAAUAUGGUAAUUCCAUCUGAAAAGGAAAACCAAUGAGAGGCAUCUGAAGCUUUUGCCUAGUAGUACGGAGAGGAUCGCCUGAACUUUGAAUUUGUAUUGUGGUCAGUUUUUUCGACUACAGAAGAUAUAACAAACAAAAAGGAAGUUCAAACGAAAUAUUAGGAAAAUUCAAAAAAAAAAAUUGUCUAUGACCUGACAAGAAAAUAUUCAAAAUUAUUUAUUAUUUCUGCUUGAUUCUUACAUUUUUUCAUCUCUAUAGCACCCUCAAAAAAUAAUUAAAAAAAAAAUUGCACCCUCAAAUGGUUAGCAGAAGAUAAGGAUUCAAUAACGAAACUGUUUUGGUCAUUGUAUGUUUCAUUCUAGUUUGUCAAAAAAACUUUUAUGGCUGGCUUCAUAAAACGUUCAGUAUUGGAAAACACGUACUCACAAGACCUGUGCAAGUGAUUUCAGUCAUUUUGCUACGUUUUUGUGCCAUUGAUGAUGAACCAUUGAGGAACCAAUAUUUACAAAAAUCUAUUUUUGAAGUUAUUGCUUAAAAACCUUAAGUGUCCGGUAGUAGACAACUUCCCCCUAAAUCUUCAAAAAAUUUAGUACCCAUUUACCUAUAUAGUUUUUACCAAAUCAGUAACAGAUAAGCGAGAUAAUUCCUGACUUUUUGAAAAUCACUCAAGAAAACUUGGACAUUCAGAUACUGACCGAACAAGUGAUACCGGAUGCCUAUACGUUUUUUGUCCGUUGUAAGAAUAAACCCUUUCUGGAACAAGCCAUUAAAACUUAUCCUUUGUCCACACCGGAUCGUUGAGAUCCGAUAGCAGAAUGCAUACCGAACCGGAGCAAAAAUGAGUGUCUCAAACCUCUACAGAUCGGAAACCAAAUUGUAAUUUAAGAAAAAAAAUAUAUACAAAAAUAUAUAAAAAUAUAC